AAAUUUUGAUUGCGCAUGCGCGACAAUAUGAUGUAAAAACGUGGUUGUACGUGAAAUAUCUUUUAUCCACAGGUAAAUAUUGCGGAUACAUUGCGUUAAUCGAAUGAAAUCAAGACAACGUGUUGUAUAGCUGUAAAAGUAUCAAUACUGUUUACAGUCAUGGCAGACGAAGCGAAAGUAGAAGUUAAAGAUGAUACUACAAAUGGUAACGCCAGUACCGAGAAGAAGGUGGUAGAUGAUGUGAAAGAGGAUUUAGGACCACCAAAUACUCUGGAGAAAAAGAUCAUUAGGCAGUUAGAGUACUACUUUGGAGAUACAAAUCUGCCAAGAGACAAAUUUCUUCAAGAUGAAAUGAAAAUUGAAGAUGGCUGGGUAUCUUUAGCCACAAUGACCAAAUUUAAUCGACUGAAACAACUGACGACAAAUCACAAGCUUAUUGCCACAGCCCUAAGGAAAGCUAGCUCUGGACUAAUUCAGGUCAGUAAAGACAAUGUUUUCAUCCGUCGGAAUCCAGACAUGUCGAUCCCAGAAAACACAGAAGAAAGAAGAAAUGAUUUUAAUGAGAGAUCUGCAUAUGUUAAAGGAUUUCCUUUGAAUGUUUCCCUUGAUACACUGAUUGCAUUCUUUGAGAAAAUAUCACCAGUAGACACUGUGUACAUGAGGAGAGACCAAGAAAAGAAGUUCAAGGGAUCUGUGUUUGUCACAUUUACAAAGAAGGAAGAUUGUGAUAAAUUUGUGGCUGAACCAGAGUCGAAAUAUGAAGAAUCUAUUCUGAUCAAAAAGUCAAAAACUCAGUACUUUAAAGAACGAGAGGAUGGAAAAAAACAGAAGAAAUUGGAACAGUUACGCAGGAAAAAAGAAGAUCAACAGAGAAGAGAAACAGAAGAACAACAGAAACUAGUGGACUCCAUCACAAAGGGUGCUGUUUUACACCUGACAGGCAUUGUCAGUGAGGAACUCACAAUGGAGGACUUCAGAACUCUCUUCAAUGACUAUGCCACAGUAGCAUGGGUUGACUAUGAGAAAGGGGACAGUCAGGCCUGGAUCAGAUUUAAUGAGGCCAACACUGCAAAACCAACGCUGGAAAAAGUGAAGGCGGACCAUGAUGGAAAAUUAGAACUUUUCAAAUGUGUACUAGAGGGAAGAAUUCUAGAGGGUGAUGAGGAAUUGGAUCAUUGGAGAAAAAUUUUCAAAGACAUGGCAGACAGUCGAAAUCGUUUCAAAGUAAACAGGAAAAGAAGGCAUGGGAAAGGAGGGGGAGGAGGAGGCAAGAUGAAGAGGAAGAAAGAGGACGGAGGUGAAGAUGAGGAGGAAGAUGGAGAUGAAGACGGAGAUGGCAGUGAUGGAGAAGGGGGCGAUGCUGGGGACUGAGAGCAAAAUAUGAACACUGGAUUGUGUAAUAUGGACAGGAGAGUUUUAGUUGUAUUUUACUGAAGUGAGCAGGGAGGAAACGUCAAGACAGAAACCAGUGUUUUAGUGUAGAUCUGUUUCAUGAGAACACGCAUCAUGUGAAUCUUUUCUCCUGCUGUUGCUGUCAGCCAUGAAUAUGUAACAUGUUUCUGUGUUGUACACUGAAAUGAAUUGAUUUAAUGUUCAUCAUUAUUGUUUUCUUUUAUAUCAGUUUCAUUGUAAUGAUCAUUUUAAAUGAAAUAUACAUUUGCCUACCA